CCCUGUUGCGCGCUUCUGCCUUCCUUGCAAUGCUUAGCCAUGCAUAAAGGCAUCACGACAACCAGCGCUACAAAAAAGAAUAUUCCUUAUUUUGUUUUCUCUUCUCAAUGCUUUGAAAAUAUUCAGCUGGUAUUAUGUAUUUUUAAUUUGGCUUAAGACCAAAUCAAACUUUCCUCCACGUAUACAGUAAAGCAAUUGUUCCUGCAAUAAAAUGCUUGCUUGAGGACCAUGCUCUUAUCUUUGGGAGCUAUCUAGCAGUUUCUUGAGCUACGAUUCCAGGCGUUCAACACAGUCAUUACAUCGGAUGGAACCAGUAAAGUGACCGCUACAUUUUAGGAAAAACUACCGUGGCUUUUACCGUUGGGUCCAUGGACAUCGUCAAUUGUCCCUGAAAUACUUCCCUGUAGUCUCAAACAGUCUCCUAAUUUACAAGCAGUUUAUGCACUUGGACUGACGUCAAUGGUGCUAUCUUGGAUGUAUAUAACCAUUCAGCAUGGUGCUAGCGGGUCCAGUCUCUUUGGCCGACCUUUUCGAUUCGGGUCUCGGACGAAACCUCUCUUAACCAACGAGGACGAAACUUGUGAAAUACAGGAGACAACUUGGCUACCCUCAACCAGUCUGUUCAUUAUGAAGCCUACUCCUUUGGUCCUGCUAAUUGCUACGGUUCUGUUGUCCAGCCACAUUCAUCCUAAUGUUUGUCGACCCUUGAGCAUUUUUGACGGCCACGGGUACAAGAGUCAACUGGACGAGGUGUUGUUAGAAGCAGGCGACUCUGCAGUGUCUUAUCUCAUCGGAGAAAAAAUUCUGCAGUACUUGCAGAAGAACCCCGGUCUGCAAAGAGGUUUUUCACGUGUUCAUGCUGACAGGAUCGCGACUCCACUCGCCACAGAGCGACUUGCUCACUUGACGCGCAGUUUGACGCCGCGAGUAGAUAGUCACUCCUCGGAGGAAAACAGUCUGGAAGAUCUUUUGGAGUUGUCCAAGAGAAACGACGAUCCUCCCAUCUCAAUUGAUCUCACUUUCCACUUGCUGAGAAACAUGAUUGAAAUGGCACGGAACGAGAACCAGAGGGAACAAGCAGAGCUGAAUCGCAAGUAUCUAGAUGAAGUUGGGAAGUGAUGACGCUUGAUUAACUGACACCGUGAUGAAAAUGAGGUUUUUCAGAUAAAUGCAUUAUAGAGAGAAACAAGUCAUAUCCCCAAUACUUUAACUUAUUGUUGCUGUUCUGUCAAAAUUCCUCCUACUCGAAUCAACAUGAAAAGAAACGUCGCUCAUCAUCUGGCGCUCCAGCGCUUGUUCACAAUGCUUUCCAUCUUGAGAGACGGCUACAUAGUUCCUCCCCUGGACCCGGACAGGACUAUAAUACAAAAGUAAAGAAAGAACUCUGAACAAAACGGUAUUUCGAAUCUAUGGUCUUUAGCUUAAGCUCACAUUGCUUUUGAUGUAGCCUACGAUAUAUUGGUGAUACUAGCGUAUUGGGUAUUGCUCAUUGUUCAUAGCUCAUUGAUGUAGUGUCUCAUGUCUCACGCAGUUAAAUCGUUGUAUUGCAUUUUGUGUUUAACAGGCGCGUCACAAUCUAAGUUUUGUCCAAAUGUGUUAUCAUUGUCUCUUCAUUUCAUAUUUACGCUCUACUAUCAUAAAUCAGUCCAAGUAGAAAUUUAACACGAUCUUCAAAUCUGCGCAGCAUUUGCGUCCACAAUCAGAUGAGUCAUUACCGGUAUGUUAAUGUGAUGAGUGAAAAAAAAUAUUUGUCAGCAUUUGCGUUUUGCUGGGAAAUUGUUGUUAUGGUUUGUCAAAGCAGGUCACACUAGCUGCGUAAUCUGCAGUCUUUGUGUUGGAUAUUCAAAAAAUAAAUGUUGUGAUGGUUAAUUAAAGUGCAACAGGUGGCUAUGUCCAACCCAGUCAGUAGCCUACCUGAUUCUGGGAAGGACCCGUUCCAGUCACCAGCAACAGUUGUCAACAUCUUUAUGAUUUCUUUAUGAAAAAAGCCACAGCAAAAUAACCCAAUAAAAUGAUUCUAGACCUUUAGACCUGUUUUGCACUGGGCAGAUGUAUGCUCAGAACUUAUUGAUCUGGUUCAUAUCCCCAGAGUGGUAGGCUUCCUGUUUUUGAGGUACAGAGCUGUUUGUUUCUGACAUGAUUCAUAUUCUGAUCUGACACAGUCACCCCACAACCUCCAUUUCCACCUCAAACUUUCUUUUCUCUACAUGAAUCAUUGCAUUGUGUUCACCCUCAGUAUAGACUUACCUGAAAUACGCAAAUAGCUAUUAAAAUGGCAAGCAGUGACCAAAAUAUGUUAACAUUUUAUGGCAAAUUGCCUUUAGAAACCAUUGUAAAUUGCCCAGGAAUGCUGUACAAACGUAUAUAUAGUGUAUAUUGCUGAUGAUGCUGUAAAACACAUGUCUGAAAAAAAAUGCUGAACAUGACUUUGUAAUUUUAUUAUGAAAAUGAUAUAAAAAUAAAAUAAGACUAUUUAUUACUA